UGUUUCCGGAAUGUUCUCUGUUACCGGUUUGUUGGUUGACCUCUGGUGUCGGGGCGAUCUCCUGUUGGACUGGGCAGUCUGAGUUGCUCUCUGACCCUCUCGGUGUUGCCGUGCCGACCCAGUGCCGUGACCAUCCCACACCCCAGUUCCGUGGUUUCCAACACAGUGUUCCUCUAUGCUCUGUUGCAGAUGCCGUUGGCCGAAUCGUGAGGGAGGAGGGCAUCUUGGCUCUGUGGAGCAGCACCUUCCCUUCCCUCCUCCUCGUCUUUAACCCCGCCAUCCAGUUCAUGUUCUACGAGGGGCUUAAGCGCCAACUGAGGAGGGGCCGCACUGAGCUUUCCGCGCUUGAGGUCUUCAUUAUCGGAGCAAUCGCCAAGGCAAUUGCCACAACAGUAACAUACCCCCUCCAGACGGUGCAGUCCUUGCUGAGGUUUGGCCAACAGAAGAGGGAUUCAGAGGGGAGGAUUGUGGGAAGCCUCCGAAGAGUGGUCUACAUCUUGAGACAGAGAGUGAGGAAGCAGGGUCUCCUGGGCCUGUACAAGGGAUUGGAAGCCAAGCUUCUGCAGACCGCUCUCACCUCUGCUCUCAUGUUCCUCAUCUACGAGAAGAUUGCUGGGUUCAUCUUCCGACUCAUGGGAGUGAACCCUCGCGUGGGACAUUAACAGGCGAAGGUACAAUCUCCGGAGUGCUGUCUGCGUUAAUGCUGAACUCGGCGUCUCCAUCUCCCCUAUCCACGUCCCCUUUCCCUCCCCCACAAUGCACUGCCACCCAGGACAUUGCACGUUCACAGGUCACGAUGGUGAGGAUGGUAUUCCCUGUGCCAUCCCAGUUACAAUAAAGGCGAUCGGUGUUGGAAUGAGAAAACGUUGGUAGAUAUUAAAAUGUGCUUUAUUGAG